GCUGCUGCUGCUGCUAUCAGGGAAUAUUGGUGCCAUUUUCAGCAUCGCAGGGUGAAAAGGAUUGAGCCUCGCCGCCGCUGCACGCUCGGCUCAGCCCGGCUCAGCUCCCGCUCGCUCCAGCUCAGACCGGCCCAGCACGCAGGGAGGGGGGGAACUAGAGGGACGACGAGGAGGAGAGCACGGCUGACCUUUUAACGCAGAACCCCUGAUCCCUCCUCCCCCGUCCCACCUCACCUCACCUCUCCCUCCCUGCGCCAGCUACUGACUGAGCUAUGCAGUCCUUCCGCGAGCGCAGCAGUGGCUACCACAGCAAUCAAACCUGCUAUCAGCAGGAACCCCAUGAAUUAUCUCGGCUGGAGACCUACCGGCAACACCCACAUCAUCCCCAUCCCCAGCACCCGCAUCCAGGCCCUGGUCCACAUCCAGGACCAGGACCGGGGCAGAGCAGGUCGGGCUAUGAGGCUCAUACUUUGGCAACUACGGCUACCAUGCCUUCAGCCGGGGGAGCAGGAAUAGGAGGAGGACCCAAAGACUGUUACAGCCAGCAAAACUACGCUGCUUACCAAGGAAAUACUGGAGGAAAUGGGAAUGGGGGCUCGGCAGCCUCUCAAACAAAAAAGCCCUUCAGAGGAAGCAAAGUACCCCCACCAAACACAAGUCAGCACUUGCAGGGUCCUGGGGGCUACAGUAACCACAUGGGCCCUGGGACUUAUUCAGUCCAGUAUAUGAGUGAGGGACACCUCCAGCAGAAGUGGGAGGACCCAGCCCAGUUAGCACAGUACGACCAGGAAAUAGUGGGACGUCUGGAGGCUAGUGCCACACCUGCACCCAGCUCCUCCCAAUUCGUGGACUCAAACAUGCUAGGACACUCUCAAACCCAGUGCCAUCAGCCUUCGACCCCAAACUACACAAGCCCCCACCACCAGCCACACCCUCCUAACCCAGCCCCUUCACCUCUCAUGUAUCCCCAGAGUCACUUACACUACCCCCAGCACUCCCCCUCGCCAUCACCAUAUAUGGAAAAAUGCGGCCCUAUGUCCCAUUGUUAUAAAGGUUAUAACAUGCCGCCAAAUUCCCAGUAUGGCAGGCAGAUGGGUAGCCACAGUAGUUUGAAACAGGGGGCUUAUAGGUCUCCCCAGAACAGCUACGGGUACCAGCAGUCAAAUCCUAGAGGGUAUGAGCAACAGCCCCCUUUACAGGCAAUGACCAAUCCCCAAGAACCCCACCCUAAGUACCAACACUACAACCAACCACAGCAAAACUACUGUCUCUCAGAGCUGCCCGUCAGAUCUCCAGAACAAUAUUAUCAAACUUGUAGCCCCUCCUCCAGCCACUCCCCUGCACGCUCGGUAGGGCGCUCCCCGUCGUAUAGUUCCACUCCUUCACCUCUAAUGACCAAUCCAGAAUCAUUUCAAUAUGGCCAACCGCCCAUGACGCCUGGGGCAGCCUCCUCUUCUUCAUCCUCCUCUGCUGGGAUGCAAGAGCAAGCCAGUGCCAACACAAUGUUGUUGCCCCCACGGUCACACCCAUCACCCAACAUUCCCCAUGCAACCCCUCACAGCUACUCAACCACACCGCAGGUACCCACCAUGAAAGAGCGAUUCUCAGAGAAGCUGUUGUCAAAUCCCAGCUUGUGGAGUCUGAAUGCCCUCACCUCCCAAGUGGAAAAUAUCUCCAAUAACGUCCAGCAGCUGCUCCUGUCAGAGGCAUUGGUUGCAAAUAAGAAAGGCGGUAAGCGCAGCAGUGGUGGGAGCAACAGCAGUGGUGGAAGUGGAGCAUCCUCCAAGAAGGGUGAAGAAUACAAAAGUCCUCCUUAUCCAGAUGGUUGUGGGAAUGUGGGCGGGGGGUCCAUACAAGACCCUUACUCUACCCCACAGCACCAAUCUUUGCCCAUGGAACUUCACGAGGGUGGCUACUCCAGCAGUAGUGAUGAACCACUGGACAGGGGCUACUAUUACUUUGGCCAGGGCAGAAGUCCAGCCCAGGCUCAUAACAACACCCAACUCAGUCUGGACACAGCCUCCUCAUGCUCCAUUGCAUCUCCAGAUGAUAUGUCCACCAGGUCUGGGGACUCAAGUCUACACAACCUUACCCCUGACCCCACUAGAUGUCAGAUGGGACAGGGAGGAGAUGGCAUGAGUACUCCAGCCAAGAGCCUUGGUGAUGAGACAUCCCCAACAAGCAUCGCAAUUCAAAGUCCUAUGAAGCAGGAAAGAGAUUCUCCUUCAGAUACACAACAUAUAAAUCAGCCCAUCAAAGAAAAUUUUGAAGAGUCAGCAUGGACAGAGAAGUCAGCUGAAAAGGAUGAAGUAAAAACAAUAAAAACUUGUGAUUCUGUGAGAGACUCAGACACAACCAAUCCAACAGAGAAGCAGGAGAAAUGGUCAGAUGAAGAAAAAUCUCCACCUCCUUACAGCAAAGUACCCUCAGAGAUGACAGAAAAAAGCUAUUGCUACGAGGAGACAACAUACCAAGAUGUUCAGGGUAAAUAUGACUCUGAUGCAAGAGAUUCAGUUGAACAGUCCCCAGCAGCGCUCUCUGACUCUAGCAACAAAGACCACUUUGGUCAAGAGAUAAAAUCAGAGGCAUUCAAAUCAGAAUCUCCAACUGCAUCUGAGAGCUCUGUAAAAACGUUGCCUUUCACUUCAAGGGAAGACCUUGAGCAGGAUCGAUAUUUCACAGAGAAAGAGGAGAGCUCUGAGAACACCUCUCCAACCCCCAAAGUUGAAGCCUUGGAGGACAGUAGCUCAGACAAAAGUGAGAGCAGAGAUCAGCAGAAUGAAAAAGAGGAAGAGGACGAGGGAAGAGGAAAAGAGAAUAUUGAGGAGGAGCAGUGUGAUAUACAAAAAACAAUAAAAACUUCUCUUUCUCCUCUUUUGACAGAAGAGGAUGGAGAGGAACAAGAAGAAGAGGAGAUAGAAAGCCAGUUGUUGACACAAGAGCACAUAAAUAGUAGCAAUAGCCAAGAGGAUCGUUCAGGAGAUUUCAACGGCAAGAAAGAGAGUCAGAAUUCUGUGCUCAGUACUGACAGUGACUUUGCAGGAGCACCUGAACAUCUAAAUGCGGCAGCAGCAACCACAGCAGCAGAUACUUCUACUAGAGAGACAGCCAUUGGUGACACGGCCCCUCAGUCUCAUUCUGCCACGCCAGUCUUCUCCGCUCUCAAUGAGAAGAUAGCACCUCCAGGUCAGACUAGGGAUCAUAUUGAUCACGGCGAUGCUAAAGUUCUGGAACCAGACUCUCCUCAGCUGCCAGGAAAGUCAAUACUACCCUCAGCCCCAUCCUGGGCAGAUACUCCGCCUUCUCCCAAAAAAGGCGAUGAGGAUAUAGAACCAGGCAUCAGCUGUGCCAGCGCUGUGACCCCACUGGCCAAACCAGAACCUGUGUCCCCAUCUGCUCAACCACGGGCAUUUGGACGUAAGCAUGCCAGGGGUAGAAGGAGAAUAAUGCAUUCGGGUGUAGGAAUACAACGACAACUAAGUUUGGAAAGAGAAGGAGAAAAGGAAGAGGAAGGGGCAAACUCCCCUACACAAAAAACAUGUAUGCCUCCGAGCAAAACUGUUUUAUUCUCUGACCAGACAAACUUAGCACAACAGGAACCUAUCGUUAGCCAGACUCCCAAAAUGUCCACGGAUGCAUUUCAAUCAAGAAUGUGCACUCGUUCAUUCAACGCACCGGAUAUGACACCCAAAGUUGAACCUAACGUGAAACGAAAACCAGGUCCCAAACCAGGUUCUAAACCUGGGCCAAAAUCAGGAGCAAAACCAGGGCCAAGACCAGGACCUAAACCUAGUGUAAAGUCAGGCUCAAAACCAAGUCCAAAACCUGGAACAAAACCAGGACAAAAACCGUUGUCAAGUGAACCUGAAACGUCCCCCAAAAUUGAAAUCACUGUAAAACAAAAACCAGGGCCCAAGCCUGGUUUAAAACCAGGAUCAAAGCCUGGUUCAAAACCAGGUUCUAAGCCUGUACCUAGGUUUGGCGAUGUUCUGUCUUCAACAGACACUGUACCAAUCAAGGCCCCAGUGGGUCGUCCCAGAGGUUCUAACUCUAAAGCAAAGUUCGAAACCCAAGAAGACACAAUUCAACAUUUCACAGAACUGCAAAGCAAAGGCAGAAAGGGUCUAAAAGUUGCAAUAUCCCAAAAGAACCAGGAUGUAAAGUCAACAGAACAACAGGAAAAACAAGCACACUCAGAACUGAAGGAACCAGAAAAAGAAAGUAAGAAUAUGGUCUUGAGAUCCAGGAAGUCCUCACAAGAAAAAGUAUCUAAAGAGAGAGAAAAAAUCAUCGAAGAGGACGUUCAAACACAAAUGCUUACAGAAAGUAAAGUCAGCUAUGUUACGCCAAAAGCAGAAGAGCUUAUAGCUGUGGUGCAAAAUCCCAGUCCCGAUACAGUCAAACAGACAGAUAUAACUGAAAACUCACCUGCAUCACCUGCACUGCCAGUCCAAUCCAAGGAAUCUAAGGAUAAAACACUCCUUCCAUUAAAAAGGAAAUUUAGUCCAGAAGUUUCAGUAACACCAAUAAAGAAAAAAAGAGGUCCAAAGCCAAAACCAAAAACAACACCGCCUCAGCCAGCCUCAGACGAACAGGUUGUCCCCUCACCUGAAGAUAAGAGUGUUCAAGGGCCCAGAAGGAGAAGAGGACCCCUCAAAAAAUCCCCUGUGGUUGAUACCAUGACCAAAGACACUCCUUCAAACAUCAGUGGAGCUAACAUUAGUGAUGUGCACGUGACCCCUCAGUGCCCCACCAAAACAAAAGUUCUCCCACCUCGCAAAGGCAGAGGGCAGAAAUACGAGGCCAUGGUUCAGAAGAUUACAUCUCCUAGCCUAAAGAAACAUCUCCCAGCUACUCAGCAGGACAGCAAUCUAAGUGAUGAUGCCACAACUAAGGCUUUAUCUGAAUUUGUGCUAAAGGAAGGUGAGACUUCUAUACAGUUAAGCAACACAGAGACAAUCGAGUCUAUAAAAGAAGGAGUGAACCAGCAUGAGGGAACAGUCAAAAGAGAGAUGUCACAAGAAAGGGAAAAGCAAGAGGUGAGCCAAAUGACGUCGACACUGGAGGGAGAAGGAGUGAGGGCAGGAGAAGAGGCUGCACAUAAGAAUGAUAUAAGUCAGGAAAAUGUUAAAACAGAAAUCAAGCAGGAUGCCGACGUAGAUGGCAAGGUCUGUACUUCACUUCCAACCCAGUUAGAAGUUGGGACUCCAGUUGAGAGGACACAACAGGCACAACAGGAGAGUAUAUCGACUGCAGACACCAAGUCUGCCAGAACUAAAAGGAAGAGAUGGGCAAUGGUGGAGAGUACAGAUGCCUCAGUAGUAGCCUUAGAAGCAGAUAGUCUCAUAAUUACGACUCCAAGGCUCGCCAAACAGAGGGCCAUUAAAAAUAACCACGAAAUGCAUCUUAAACAAAGAAGGAAGAAAAGAAAAGGUGAUGCUCCUUUAGAGAAAACAGAGACAGUGGAAGAGACAAACAAUGAAACUGCAGAAAAGCAGGAAAAAAUUGAAGAAAACAUGACAGCCACAGAGCUCACAGUACCGCAACCAAUUAGUCAGGAUGAGAUCAUAGAACCCCUCCAGGCUGUCAGUGCAGAGCUCGUUCAAAAACCUCGAAGAGGCCGAAAACCCUCAGCGAACCCAAGCAAAAGGAAAAGAGGCAAAACCCUUACAGAGCAGAUUCCCGGCAAGCCAGUAAAGGUCCACAAAAAGCCUGGGCCCAAACCUGGAAUGAAGGAUGCCAUUGAGGUCAUUGAGGAAGUUGUAAGGGCAGCUGGUUGUGAACAGGCCAAAAAAGAGGAGCGAGAGAAAGAAGAAAUGGAAAGAAGGGGAAAAGAACCUGCAGAAGAACAGGAAACCUGCACUGUGGGUCCUGUGGUGACCGUAACAGAAAAACAAACUGAGGUCAUUGCUGUGAAAAGAAUCAGACGCAGACCAGCCCAUUAUAAGUCAAAGCUAUCUUUUUGUCCCUAUGUGCGAAUUAACAACUCCAGAGACUUUUCCUCUUGGUGUGCCAUAGUCAACAAGCCUGACGACGCUGUGGUGUUCCAGAGGCGCCGAAAAAAGGGCAUCCUGCGAAUGAGGAAUCCUUUCACAGUUGCAAAGGUGGUGCCGCACACUGCCGCCAUGCUGCUGGGACCCAUGCUAAACACAAGCCUAAUUGGUAGGUGUCUUACGUGUUGCCUGUGUGGAAAACCGGCAAACUACAAAGACCUGGGCGAUUUGUGUGGACCCUACUACACAGAGGAGAGCGUUCCACGCAAAGUCCUGACCAUCACACAUGCGCAGUUCUUCAGGGACGAGUCAGACAAGAUCGAGGCGAAUGACGGUGGCGUGAUCGAAGAGCCGUGCGCCUCGUCGAGUAAUGAAGGCGCGACGAGCUCAGGAAAGGAGAGGAGCACGGAAGCGUCCUCUCAGGAGGCUAGUGGCAGCAGGCAUCACCACUGGCGCUACCGGCGGCCGGAGAGGCCAGAGAGAUUGUGUCAGGAGGGGAGUCCGCGGAGAUUAACUCUAAGAGAGCGGUUCAGGAAAAUGAAGCAGCUCCAGACUGUCAGCACAGGGGACCCAGGGGACCAAGGAGGCAAUGAAAGCAAGUUCCAAAGGCUACAAAUGGAGGCAGAGGCUAAGGAACACUGGGCUCAUGAAAACUGUGCCAUCUGGACCAAGGGAAUAAUUAUGGUAUCUGGGAGGCUAUAUGGACUGAAGGAGGCUGCCAACAAGUCAGCCCAAAUGAACUGCUACAAGUGCCAGAUUGUGGGGGCGUCCCUCAGCUGCUGUUGGAGAGGCUGCUCUUAUAAAUACCACUAUGUCUGCGCCAAAGAGAUAGGCUGCACAUUCCACGAAGAUGAUUUUUCCAUCAAAUGUCCAAAACAUGAGGAUCUGUAAGAUAUUUCCUGUGAUCCACCUUCACGAGCAGAACCAUCGCUCUGCCACCCAUCCAGCGAGGCAAACACUCGGCUAAAAAAAGAAAAAAACAAAACUAAACACUGCGGCGAUGACUGAUGAUGGACAGGCGUGUUUGGCCAGAGGCGGCACCGACGCAGAGCGAGUUCUGGGGACACCGCUCCGGAGAGUCCAGCUGCUUCCUGAAACUGGACGAGAAAAGUGUUUUGUUGUCRGCGUCCAUUUUACUGCGAGGCAGAAAGGGAGGACGCACUGUUUGUUUCUAGCCCAGUGGAAAGUGUUUGAAAUGCACAGCGAGGUGUGUGUGUGUGUGUGUGUGUGUUCUGCCUUCGGAUAGGCUGCUAUCAUGCUCAGACAGCUGGCGGUCACUGAUUGGACUGAAGCGUCCCUCUGGCCACCAUGUCUGCAGGCCAACAGGUGCAGACACGCGUGCUUGAGUUUCUCUAUGUGUGUGUGUGUGUGUGUGUGUGUGUGUGUGUGUGUGUGUGUGUGUGUGUGUGUGUGUGUGUGUGUGUGNCCAUUGUACUGUCAUUCUACAGCCACUCCAUCACCGUGUGUCUGAGUGUUCAGAACUGAGGAGAUCAUCCAUCAGAAAAAAAGAAAAA